AUGACUGAUGAUGAUACUGAUGAUGAUGAUACUGAUGAUGAUGAUAAUGAUUAUGAAGAUGAUGGUGGUGAUCACGAUGGUGAUGACAGUGGUGAAGAUGAUGGUGGUGAUCACGAUGGUGAUAGUGAUCAUGAUGGUGUUGGUGGUAAUGAUGGUGAUUGUGAAGAUGAUGGUGGUGAUCAUGAUGGUGAUGAUAGUGAUCAUGAUGAUGUUAGUGAUGAUGAUAGUGACUGAUGAUGAUGGUGAUGGUGAUUGUGAAGAUGUUGGUGGGGAUCAUGAUGGUGGUGACAGUGGUGAAGAUGAUAGUGAUCAUGAUGGCGAUAGUGAUCAUGAUGGUGUUGGUGGUAAUGAUGGUGAUUGUGAAGAUGGUGGGAAAAUACAAAAAUUUUCUGGGGGCGAAUACCCCAGACCCCCCCCCCUUACUAUUAAAUGCGAUACCACACCAAACUUUUUGUUACCAACAAACCAUCUAUCAUUUCUCCACACUCCCUUUUGGUCCCUUUUUGUAGAUGCCUUCACUGAUGAAUUCUUAAAAUUCGAAAUUCUGAAUAACCAUUUUUCGACUAUGGUUUAACACUCGUUAAUAAAUUUCGCACAGUUACGUCUACCAUCACCGCUGCCGUUUGUAAAGACCAUCUUGAAUCUGGCGUAAUGUUUGCUUUUGAUGUAAUCGAUGAGUGUUUUGUUAAAGCCAAACUAAACAGUCUUAAAACAAACAAAGCGAUCGGUUUGGACAACAUCAGUGCCAGAUUACUGCAUUAUUCAAAUCCGGCGACUGAUGCAAUGCCAAUAAUUAUAGACCAAUAA